CAUACCAUUUUGAUUUCAAAGAUAGAAUGAUGUAAUGACAUUUGGGAAUUUUUCAAGUUAAAUCUAUAAAGGACAUUAGCAGUAAGUCAACAUCAGUUUCCCAAGAUAUUUCAGAUAUACCGAAACAUUAUAAGUAACUAUUUUAUAAAAGUAGAAGAAAAAAGACUCAUUCAAGUAUAAACAUGUUAAAGUAAGUCAAUAAUACAUUGACCAGAGCAUUAUCUACAGUUUUCCUAUAUAACAAUGAGUUUUAGGAAAUUGUUUAGGAAACGCCGUAAGAAAGAUUUAGAGGAUUGGUAUACUGAUGAUUCUGAUACUGAAGACCAGUCCCACUCUUGUUUUAGCCGGAAUGGAAGCCUGAGAAGAUCAUACCGAACAAAUACGGAGUUCACACGUAAUGGGUCUGUGAGAAGAAGUUUGGACAAUUACAAAGGUAUGCUUCAUUUAAAUACUUUACAAAGAGGAGAACUAAAGGAUUUGAGACAACAAAACGAAUUCCAAACAAAAAGAGCAAAUAUGUCAGAAGCUAUUAAACAAAACCAGCCAGACAUUUUAGGACGCGAUAGAGAAGAUGAAUAUCAGAAAGAGCUGAAAAAGUUUGGAAUAUUAUAUAGUAGUCAGGAGGAGGAAAACAAGAAUCUCAAAAGGGAAUUGGAAAAAUACAGAAAACUUUGUGAUGCGUCUGAAAAAAAUCUCAAGGAACAAUGUAAGCGGUCCAAUAGUGUUGAGAAACAGAUGAUUGAUGUACUGGGCCAUAUUACAAAGUUAGAUACCACUGCAUCAGUGAAAGAAAACAUAGAACAACUGAUUCAAGUUGUAACUACUGAGUUAAACCAUCAUUCCAAACUAUUAUCAACGAUUGAUGAGCGAACAUUGGAGACAAGCAACGAUGUCAAAAGUCUGUUGAUACUUGUUCAACUUAGACCUGAAAUUACCAAGAAGAAAAAAAUGAAAUCAUUGCCGGAAGAUAUAAAGUCGGCUUUACAGAGACUUGCAAGUCUUAUUGGAUCUCGUUGGCUAGAACUAAUACCUGUCCUUGGUCUUUCUCCUAGUUGUAUUGAGCUAGGCAAUAGCUCUCUUACAUCAUCUGAGAAAUUUUGGAGAAUAAUUCAGUGCUGGUAUAGUUCUGAUCAAGAAGUGUCGCUGCGAAGCUUAAGCACAGCAUGUAGAAAGAUUGGAAUCGACAUAGUUCGAGAUAAGCCAAUGCCAAAGCACCACCAAAGAAUCCUUCAGAGACAAACACAGGGACUAAUCAAUGAUAUCAUAGACGUACAGCAUGUGGUUCCAUACCUACAGACACAUUUAGUUAUGUCACCAUAUAUGAUAGAAUAUAUUUACUCAGGUGAAAACAGAAGUCAUCGAAUAUUGAGAAUGUUAGAUGCUCUAGCUAUUCUUGGUGAGAACGCACUUCCUAGCUUUGUUAAAGCUCUUGGAGAAUCUGGUCAUGGUCAUUUGGCAGAAAACUUUAAAGAUUGCUUUGAGAAUGUGGCGACAGAUGAUAAAAUGCCAAUACCAUUUAAAGUCAAAAGCCAGUAUUUUGAAAAUGAUUCGAACUACAACUCACUACCUAUAGACAUACAGGAAUUUGCAACAAUGAAAACCAAAGUUUCGUUAUGCUAUGCACAUAUGUUAAAAGAUGAAGAAAGAUCAAAUGAAAUUUGAAGAAAGAUAUUAAUUAUUAAGUUAUUGAAAAUGUACUUGGUUUAUUUCAAAAGUGUAAAUAUAAAUUGUAAAGUGAUAUUGCUUCCAUGUAUUUGUUUAUAUUUGUUUAAAUUCUGUUAAUCAAGAUUGUGAUCAAUUUUAGUCAUCUUUUCAUUUUCAUAUUCAUAAAAAAUUAUCAAAGA